AUGAAAUUAUUCUCUUUUCUUACAGUCUUGAUCAUCUGCUCAUUCUUUGAUCUGGCUCGCUCUGGGUUACUGGCCGAGCCGGCACAGCCGUUGAAACCACCCGACGACUCUACUCCCAAUACGGUUCCUUCAUUCCCGGUCCAGACUGAAUCAGAACUAUGCCGGUUAGAUUUAUCGGAUGAGCUAUUCGGCGGUGUAAACGCUGCCUGUGGUCGUAACCUCGAUAGAAGCAGGUGUUGUCCGGUGCUCGCAGCGUGGCUAUUCGCGGCACACGCUCGGUCGGCGCUGCAGGUGAAUGCUUCGGUUCCAGCGUCUUCCGAUGAAAUGCCGAUGAUGCCUGACGACUCUCAGAACUGUGUUAACUCAUUACAAAGUUCGUUGCAGAGCCGGAACAUCCAUAUACCUCAACCUAACUCCUCAUGCGACGCCGUAUUAUGCUUCUGCGGGAUCCGACUACACCAGAUUGGUUCACUCAGCUGCCCAGCGGCGUUCAAUAUCACGACGACGUCUCGGAAUGCAACUCCCACCGCUGCCGUCAGAAACCUUGAGAAGAAUUGCCGGAAUUCAUCUUACGCCGGUUGCACAAAAUGUCUCGGAGCUUUGCAAAAGCUAAACGAGGGGGGCAAAAACGGAACAAGAAAGAGGCAUCACGAGGGGGGUGAUAGGGCGAGCAAGAUAUUGACACGGGACUGCCAGCUAAUGGGGCUAACCUGGCUGCUAGCAAGGAACAAGACGGCGUACAUACCCACAGUGUCUGCUGUAUUACGCGCCGUCAUGUACAGUGCGCACCCACCCCACGAGUCCAGAUGCAGCCCCGAUCAGGAGAACAUGCCCUUGGCCGUCGAUUCAUUACAGUUCGAGAAAUCGGAGGCUUCUGCGUCACGUGCCGCUUUUCUUUUAUUGACAGUAUUACCCCUGGUUCUGUGGUUUUGUCAUUUUGAUUUGUGAUGGAUGGAUAAAGUGCAUGUUACCUGCCUGCUGCUACGGCUUUUGUUUUUCCUCAUUUGUGGAUUAGAGACCGCAUCACGUGAGAGGUUCGGGGAUACUUUUGUCUUUUUGCCUCGAGAGGGUACAUGUGUAUUAUUGGGACUUUUGGGUUCUUGGAUUGUAGUUAGUUGCCAAGGAAUUUUCAAUUCUUCUUUUAACUAUUUAAAUACUUGGAAAAUGUUAUAAUUAACUCAUAUAUUAGAAAAAG